AUGGACAAAGACGUAAGUUUGGUGAAUUUUAAUUUUUUAGGUAACAUUUCUUGACAAAUAUUUUACGUUUGGACGUUUUUUAAAAGAAAACAUUCUUGGUUAGCUGAAAAAAUAGUUUGGGUUACAAAAAUUUUGUUUUAUUUUUAUGUAGAGAUCAAUAAUGUUCACCAAUAUUAUAUCAUAAUGAAGGUCAAAGAAAUUGCUGUAUUUUUGUAAAUCUUUGUAAACUUAAGCUUAUUUUUGAAUUUUCUUAAUUAUAAGGUAUUCUAUUUUAUAAAUUGACAGCGUUUUCAUUUUAAUUAGCAUAGAUUUUAAUAUAACCAUCAAUUUAAUUAACUAUAGUCAUGGAUAAUAUAAAUUUUUAAAGUUAACUUUGAUUUUUUUAGUUUUUUGGUGUUUUUUUUGGUUUAAUUAUGAACAUAAUUUUAGAAACUAGGCGUAUACAAUCACUUUGGCUUCUUCCGAAGCUACGAAGAAGCCUAUGAGUCCGUCAAACUUGAGUACAGGUAUCAGAAGACUUUGAGGGAUAAGAAUGUUCGAGUUUAUCGGUAAGCACUUCAAUUUUUUGUAUGAAAAGGUAAAGGAAAGGAAAAUAUAAAGCUGUAUUUUUAAUUUUUUUGAUUUUUAAAACUAGGUUUCAUUAAAAGAGGCAAAUCAGUCUGCACAGUACAAGUUAUGGAAGUUGAUUGCACCGUGCAAAGAAAAAAUCCAGGAAAACGAAAUUUUGGUUUUAAUUUUCGAGUUUAGAUGCCGUUCCCAUCGUGGUAACAAAUGUAAUUCCACGGUGAAGAUUGUUGCUCAUCCAGAUGGUCAAAUUGAAGUUGGCAAAAGGUUUCCUCAUAGUCAUGGAGUAGGUUUAAACUAUGUUUUAGUUGAUUAUAUCUAAUUUCUGAGCUUGAAAACAUUGGAAAAUUAAUGACAAGGAUAUUAUCGAUGUUUUGUGAUAUUUUUAAAGUUGUUUUUAAGGCGUUUUAGGCUUAAAUUGGGGUUUUUUAUUCAUCAAAAACUGAUUUUUUUCUUUUUUAAUCAAAACAUCUCUUCCAGAUGGACAUAUUUGACAAUAUAUGGGGCAGAAACUAUCGAAAAAACCUUCCAGAAUCUAGUAAUGCGGCCGAGUUUGUUUAUAAACCAUCACCAAAAGAAUACCCGGAACCUACUAUAACAUUGAAUGAAAAGGCGCCAAAUGACUUAAAUGGCUUUGUAGAUUCUACUUUAAUAUCACAAGAUCCAAACUGCAAUAUCAACAAAGAAAAAGAAGAUAAACGGUCGAAGCUUAUCAAAAUUAGGCGUGCCAGGGGGCCGAGAGGACCUUAUAAGAAGAGUAAGUUGAUCUUAUUUAUCUUUCUGAGGUCUUGCUGGUGGUUUUUGACCAAUAUUGUUUUAGAAAACAAGCUAAUGAUCCCAGAAAGUAAUGGAGUGAGCAGUUCUGAACAUUCUAUCAAUUUACUGGUUCAGUCUCUACAACAAGAUCAAGAACAACCGGUCGAUUUUCAACGGGAAUCGUGCUCAGAAGGAGAAUCUGGAUUUGAUGUAGAAUGUGGAUUGGCUCCAGAAUCUAUAUUUGGUUCAAAAUCCGGCCUUUCUUCAAGAUUUGGAUUAUCUACAGAAUCUACGUCGACUUCAGAAUCUAAAUUGGCUUCAGAAGUUAGUUUGGCUUUAGAAUCUCGAGUGAAAUCAGAAGCUAGAUUGGCUCCAGAAUUCCGAGUGAACUCAGAAUCUAGAUUGGCUUUGGAGCUAACGUUGCCUACAGAGUUUGCCAUGACUCCAGAAUCCAGCUUCAUAUUAGAAUCUCAUCAAGAAGAAGUUGACUUAUCAGGCGCUGCUAAUGAUACUCAUUUUGAUCUGGUUUUAAGUGCAGUAGAUGAGAAUCUAAGAUUGAAAAGGGAAAACGAUGAAUUAAGAGAUGAAUGUAAGUUUUUUUGGGUAUUUUAAGUAAUGGCAUUACCGUACCAUGCUUAUAAAAAAAUUUGCCACUUGUAGCGCCGUCCUCGUCUACAUACUCUUUUAAUACAUUAUAUAUCCUUGUUUUAUUUAUAUACCUGCUACCUUCUGGCUAUAACGAUGUAUAAAACUUUUAUCAUUGCAGUGAACAAGCUCAAACAUCGAUUGAAACAAAUUUCUCAAAGCAACGAUUAUUUAAAGGACGAGAAUGCUCGUCUUAAACUGCAGUUGGUCAACCGACAUGAGGUUUUGUAA